AUGGCUGACGGAGCAUCUCAGUACCGACACAUUGUUGUCGCAAGAAGAGCUCAUACUGUAUUUCUAAUCCCGCUUCGCAACACUCUUCUCGCCAAUUCAAACCUCAAAGCGACUCGCCCACUUGUGGAUGAUGACCUUCGACGCGCCAUUGAAACACUAGAUGCCUCCACGGCUGCAAUACAGAGACAGACCAACACGCUAGCAUCGCAAUAUGAGAGCUUAGACAGAUCUAUCACCUCGGAUGACGAAUUGGGGCUCAGACAAAAUCGGGACAUAGCACGAUUGCGCCAGAAACAUACGUCAGAAAGACAGAAUAUAACUGCCGCGUCUUGUGACCUGGCUCACGCAUUGGAAUCAGAGUUAAGAGGUGUAUCGGAGCAAGCUUCAGCAGACGCCAAACGGAUACUCUCGUCUCUGACAGCUCGCUUCAAGGAAGAUGAUAGGUUAAUCGCGAAUCUGGAGAGGCUGGCAUCCGGUAUAGAAACGAGCCAACAAGAUGAGAAUAGUGCGAAGAUAGCUUCCGAGAGAUGUACUGCUCUUGCUCAGUGUGUUGCCGAUGAGAUCAAGUGUCGACUCGAUCGGUUAUAUCUGGAAUCGAUACGGGCUGGACUAAUGAAAAUGCGAACUGAGCCAGCACCCACUGAAGAUGAGCCGUUGGCCGCAUUGGAGGAAGAGCUUGAAUCUCUCUAUCCCGAAAUUGAUGUACUGGCUGAGAUGUCUACAAGACAACAGUUCGCUGUACCUAUAAUAGGCGAGCUAAGCAGUCACUACGAGGAACUGCAAAGUGCCUCCCAUGAAACGCUGGACUAUGUUUUGGACGUAGUAUCGGAGAUGGCAUCGUCUACAAAUGGUCUUGUCAAGUGCCUGCAGGACAGGGAAUCUUACUGUGGAACCCUAGAAGCUAUUGCUGCUGCGCACCGAUCAGAGAUUGGCGAUAUCUUCUUGGGUCCAUCUAAUCCUAGAAGAGAGACCCUGAGACGUUCCUCUGUACAGCCCGUUUCAAUUUCUUCUUCAGCUCAAAAAGACAAUAGUCGGCCCCAUGAUCCUCAAUUGAUGGCGAAAGUGUUACGCCGAGUAGGAUUAUCUCUGGAUUCUAUGCUUCAUGCAGACGAAGCUAGUGAAUGCGCAGUGACUUUAAAAGAGAAACGACAUCAGUUGACUGAGAGUCUACAUGACCACGGUAAUGCCGCAGACUCGCCGCUCAUAGCUGAGUUACUCCCGACAGACCGGGCGAUCCGGCUUCUCUCCACUUCCUUGCACGCCGAUUCGGAAUUCGAGACCUCACUUGCGAAUCUGGAUAAUCAGAGAAAGCUUUCCAAUCUCGAAGAUGAUUUGAAGGGCGUUCAAAAGGGGCUGGAGGGACUCGACAUGAGCGUGGUCCAUAGACGAGAGAGAGGGCGUGAGAAGUUUGUAGAGAGGUGGGGUUCGAAGGCCCUGGACGAGUGA